AUGGAUUUAGUAGAUGUUAUUGAAUUUCGUACAACAUGGAAUAAUGAAAUAUUUCUUAAAAAUAAAUCAGCUUUUUUAGCAGCAAAACGAUUAAUUAGAAAAAGUAUUAUUAUUGUUCAAACACGAUUAUGUCGUCAAUUAAAAUAUACGGAAAAUAAUUUAACAAUUGAAUUACAAGCUAUAGAACAUGAAAAACAAAUAUUGAAUAACUAUCGUCAUUCAAAUUCAUUAGCUGAACAUUUACAACAAAGAUUAAAAAUAUUAAAAAAUGAAAUUGAUAAUUAUAAUCUUCAAAUAAAAAAUAUAGUUAAAAAAGAAAAAGAAUAUUGGAAACAUUUAGAACAAACAAUUGCAAAACGAACACAUAUACAUAAAACAACAACGAAUAAUUUCAAACCUUUGGAAAAUUCAUCAAAUCCUCGCCCAAUUGUUGUUGUCAAUGCUACAUUUGUUAUGCAUGUUGAUAAAAAUAAUGAAAAUUUACCUCCAUUAGAACCUAAAUCUUGCGAAAUAGAUAAUACGGCUCCUAUAAAAAUACCUAAAAUUCGUAAAAAGAAAAAAUGUGCAUCGUAG